AUGUGUAAAAGAAUAGAUUGGGAUGAUAUGGGUAUUAGUGUCAACGGUGAAAACCUCAACCACCUCAGGUUUGCCGAUGAUGCAGUAUUAAUCUCAGGCCGUAUUGACAAAGCCAGGGCAUCUCUUGGAAAACUCCACCAGGCAUCCGGACAAGUUGGGCUAAAGAUCAACAUAUCAAAAACUCAAUUUAUGACUAAUCAAGUAGUAUCCACCAAUAUACCCUUAGGUGAUAAGGAAGUACAAUACCAAGUGCAACAGAUCCAAGAGGAAUCGGUCAAGCUUCAAGUCAGCUAUGCGGGCGACAGAGCUAAAGAGAUCACAAAUAGAGAACAAGAAGUGCCGUCUGCAUGGGCCAGUUUGCAAAUGGUUUGCGAACAGCGCAAAGGAAAACUGGCCGAUACUGGUGAUCUGUUCGAGUUCUUCAACCUGGUGAGGACGCUGAUGCAAUGGAUGGACAACGUGGUGAGCCAAGUGAACACCAGCGAAAAGCCGCGCUACUUCGGCGGCGUUGAACUGUUGAUGAGCAAUCAGAAGAGCCCUCAAGCAAAAUUUAAAGUUGUCCACAUUCGUUUGGCCUGA